UUGAAUUAUUCAUCAAAAGUAACAAUGGUGUAUAAAUACUGUUAAGCCACAAAAUCCGAUAGAAAAGUGCAAUUUUUCCAUUCUCAUGUAAUAUUAGGAUUUGUUGCCUCCGGUGUCUAGCUCGAUUCUCCCUUCAGGUGUUUAAGUGGACAGUUUAAGUGGCCCAAAAUGGCCAAAGUAAUAAAAACAUUGUAUGAAGGCUAUAUGUAUUAUAUGCAUGAACUUGCGGACCCUAGAACGCAUAAUAUUUAUCCAUUCUUGGUGUCCCCCGUACCAAUUUCCGUAAUUUUGUUUCUUUGGCAUCGAUUCGUGUUCAAAUGGGGCCCGGAAUACAUGAAGAACAGGAAACCUUUCGAGCUGAAAAAAAUCAUGAUUGCUUAUAAUAUCUGCCAAGUUAUGGUCAACAGUUGGAUAUUUUACGGUCUGCUUAUGUCCAUUCAUGUGGUCAAUUGGACAUGUACUCCAGUGGACUAUUCAGAAAGCUAUUGGGGAAUAAGCCACCUCACGUAUGCUUACUAUUAUUUCAUUUUAAAAAUUCUGGACUUGUUGGAUACGGUGUUCUUUGUUUUGCGUAAAAAAGAUGGCCACUUAAGUUUCCUGCAUACUUACCAUCACUUUGCCAUGGCACUCGGAACUUGGUAUACUGUCAAGUAUUUUGGAGGCGGGCAUAUCUAUUUUAUAGGAUUAGCCAACACUUUGGUACAUGCGAUCUUGUACUCUUACUAUCUACUCACAGCUUACGAUAGUAAGUAUGGGAAGCUUCUUUGGUUGAAAAAGUCUAUCACCACAAUUCAGUUGGUGCAGUUCGUUUUUUUCGCCUGGAGCUUCACGAAUGUUCUAUUGAGGCCAACAUGCAAGUUUUCGAAACUAUACACUGUGAUCGUGUUACCUCAAAACGUAUUGAUGAUUGUUUUGUUCGGCAAUUUUUACUUUCAAACGUAUAUUCGGGCCAAGCAGCCGCCUAUAGAAAAAGCCGAAACACUAGCAAGCAAUAAAAAUCGACACGCAAAUAUUAAAACCCACUAAUAAGAGUUUUUUUUUGCCAAGAAAGUUUGUUGGUUGUUAAUUGUGUUGUGUAAAUUUUGUGCUGUUUUUGUAUUUAGUUUAAGUUUAUAAUUACUGAAAAGCCCGGAAAACUCUUUUUUUUAACCUUCACUGAACGCUUUUUGCCUAUUUGUGUGCUUUCUAGUUACUUUCGUGCCACACAGGGUUCUUCAAUUUUUCCCUUCAUUGCAAGUUACACACGAAUUUGCGUGGUGUAAUAACAAUUAUAAAAACCGAUAUAAAACAUAAUUAUAUCGCAUUAGUGACUGUCCAUGCCUGAUUAGCUGUGGCAGCUUUUUUCGAACACUUUCAGCUUUAUGGGUGACAUGGAUUCUAGAUAAUGAACUCUUGAUGUUUCUCCUAUUUGUAGCCAAGCAUUAUGUAAUAGGCGACAAAUUAAUGGUCAAUGUUUUUUAGCAAAUAUCUGCUGGGUAAAUAUCCGGAGCUCAUUAAGCAGUGUUUACAGUAAUAAAUACCGUUACCUACUUAA